AUCCCAUUGCCGUUGGCGCCCAGAAAGGAAAACCGAUGAGCCGCGAGGCCGGCGGCGCGGCGGCGACCCCUGCCACGACGCCCGAGCCACAGCGGCAACAGGAGGCCCCGCCGGGGAGGACGCCCCUGGAGAGGACUGCGGACGCGGCGGAGCAGCUGUACCGCCUCCGCGACACCUUCUUCCCCCGGGACCCCGCCGAGAAGGCCGCCGCCCUCCGCGCCCGAGCCGACGACGCCCUCGCCGUCCUCGACUCCCUCCCGCCAGAGGACAGGAGAACACCACAGCAACGUGCUGUUUAUGAAUUCUUGAGGGGAAAAAUAUUGGAUGUUUUCCCCGAUUAUCAUAAGGAGGCCGAAGAUCAUUUAUCCAAAGCAGUAAAGUUGAAUCCAUCUCUUGUAGAUGCAUGGCUGUGUUUGGGUAACUGCAUAUGGAAGAAGGGGGAUCUGCCUUCCGCAAUGAACUGCUUUUCGUUAGCAUUAAGCAAGGGGGCAGAUAAGAAAAUACUAUGCCAGCUCUCAAUGCUUGAAAGAAGCAUGGCUCAAGGCAGCGAAGACCAAGCACAGCUAGUGGAAGAGAGCAUUAAGCAUGCAAAAGAAGCUGUAAUGCUUGACAUCAAAGACGGAAAUUCUUGGUAUAAUCUGGGUAAUGCAUAUCUUACAAGCUUUUUUGUGGGUGGAUCCUGGGAUCACAUGAAGCUUCAUCAUUCAGUCAAAGCAUAUCAAAAUGCUGAAAAGGAUGAGGCUACGAAAACUAAUCCAGAUCUGUAUUAUAAUUGUGCAACAGCUGACAAAUACUUAGAGAACUAUGAAAGGGCGCUUCGUGGAUUUGAAGCUGCAGCUUUAAAAGAUCCUGGUCUUGGUGCUGAUACAGAACUUCAGAAGAUCACCAGUCUCCUUGAUAAGCUAGAUAGUGCAAUGAAGGGACAAUUACGAUCCAAGAGAUUAGCAUCAUCAGUAUCUUCUUUGAGCGAAGUCAACAUAAAAUUGUCUCACAGGAAAGCAACCAUAGGCAUCCUAUCAGAGGGUUUGAACAAGGCAGUUGCUGUUGUCAGUAAAGUCAUUCUUUUCAUAAGACAUGAUAAUGUUGCUCCAAUGUAUUAUUUAGCUUGCGACUUGGAUCAGUCUUAUUUUAUACUCUCAGUCUAUGGACUACGAAAUGAAGCAAUUAAAGAAGGUGAUCGAGUGGCAUUGUUGGAACCUUACUUCAGAAUUCUGGAUAUAUCUUGGAAUGAACAGCGCUAUCAGUUCAAAUCAGUCCGUGUGGACUUUCCAGAACAGAUUCUUAUAAAUGAAAAGGCUCCACCACCUCAUCAUGUUGUACAGGCUUCAAUCCAUGCGCACAAUAAACCGUGACCUGUAUUUUUUUAAUUUGGUGUAUUGGACACUUGUGUCUAAACUAGUGUUUAGAGAUUCCGUCAAGGGAGUGGAGACUGAGGAAGAGAAGACUUUAUGGAAAUGAUCCGAUCGCAAUUUUGUACAAUUUGCUACUUUGUUCUACCUUGUAGCCAGUUUUAUCUGCUGGGUUUGGUUGGGGGUCCAGGGAUGAUUUGAUUUCCCUUUUGCUUGAUUUGAUAUCCAUUAACGGGGGAUUUACUAUGUGUGUAAUUCGAUGUAAAUUUUUCAUUACUUGGACACAAUGUAAAUCAUAUGGGAUUGGAUUUGUAAUGCGUUUUAGAAAAUCAGAUUCGUGUAUUGCCUGAAGGGUAUCUUUGAUUUGGGACGAAAUUUGA